GAGCUUCACGCGGGGAGACUGAAACUGCAUUCCGCGAAGACUGACGUCUACAUAACGUGGGGCUUUUGUUGAUCAUUUUUUUAAAUAAAAAAACGCGAUACAACCUUUUUAUUUUUUUUUUUAAAUACGGCAUUUUACAUACUAGACAACGACAAUAUAAGUCCGCCCACCACGGAAACAUACUGUACUGAUGUUUGCUUUCCGUAUUAGUUACGUGGUAACAUGAACAGUGUAAAUAGAUGCAUUUAUAAUGUGUCAUUAUUCCAAAUUCACUCGAUACAUCUCAUUUCAGAUCGUAAAUUUGACGAACGGCUUUUCACGACCCGGAAAAGAAACUGGUUUGUCAAGAAACGUUGGGUUGAAAAUUAUAGCUGCCUUGGAAUUGGCAUUCAUUUUCAUAACGACACAUUUUUAAAGUGACUUUGUUGAUUAUAACUAGUCAUUCUCUUAGUUACUCUAUAUUUGUGUCAAUAUGGUAACCAUUACAUAUAUCAAAGGAAAUUACAGCUAAUGCUUGUACAUCAAUGAGUUCUAUUUAAGUUAAUUUGCAGGUGUACCUCAUGCAGCCAGGGUGUUGGGUCAGAUGUUUUUAGUACUCUCACAAAUAGUAAUGUUUACGUAUAAGUAUGACUUGCUUCCAUUUACCAAUGUCCCUGCCUUUCCCUCAUUUUGACAGUUGGCGCUUUUGUUUACACUAAAGAUAGGACACAAUGGUAUUGUAGCAUUGUGCCACUCAGGUAACAAUGACUGCCUGAAAUCCCUGUCUUGAUGAAAUGUUUUUUUGUGCUCCUUCUGCAUUGUUCAGUGUUCAAAAUAACCAAGGAGUAGUAAUUUCAAACCCACUAUAACUGCAUUUAUAGUUAGUGACCAAAGUUUAUUCAUUAUCAGGUACUUUAUCAACCACCGACAGUUAAAUAGAACAUAGCAGAAAAUACUGGUAAGUGGUAACCUUGUCUGCUUUUCAAACUGAUAAGGUUCUCGUGCAUGUUUGCACAUCACCACACCCAGGCAGAACAAUGGUGAUCACUUUUUGUGAUCUACGCAGACUUGCAUAGCAAAAAAAAAAAAUCAACUAUUGCUAUAGUCAAACCUCUUUCAGGAUCAUUUUAGUUCACAUACGUUUGACGUUUGGUCAUUCUUUGGGGAACUAUCAAGGCAAGACAACACCCUGUAAACAGUGUAUCACAAAAGGAACACUGUCAGCAACCUGAUAAUGAUUCUUCCUCCUAUUUGUGGGGCCAUCCAGACGUUUCGUGAUGGCCUUGAGUUCUGCUACAUCUGCUCUUUCCUCGGACUUGCAGCUGUUGGUGUUGGUUCCUGGUGCUUCCACAUGACACUGCUCUAUGAGAUGCAGCUACUGGACGAGUUGCCAAUGAUUUACAGCACGUGCGUCUUUGUCUACUGUCUGUAUGAGUGCUUUAAACAAGGGAAUGCCAUCAGUUGGUUUCCUAUAGUGUUAUUAUUGAUCUUCAGCAUCACAGUAACUGUGGUCUACUUGCAGUGGAAGGAGCCAGUGUUUCACCAGGUCAUGUAUGGUGCUUUAGUUGCUUGUCUUGUGAUCCGAUCUAUCUUCAUUGUUACAUGGGUUUACCCAUGGUUACGGCCUUUGUGUUACGCUUCCUUAGGUAUAUUUUUGGUAGGUUUCCUUUUGUGGAACAUUGACAAUAUCUUCUGUGACACAUUAAGAGCCAGUAGGCAAACACUGCCCCCGAGUGUCGGAGUAGUGACGCAGUUCCAUGCUUGGUGGCACAUCCUCACUGGUUUAGGUUCAUACCUGCACAUACUUCUCAGUUUGCAAAUCAGAACAACCUACCUCAAGUACAGACCAAAAGUAAAGUUUUUAUGUGGAGUUUGGCCGAUGCUGCAUGUUGAACAGCAAAAGAUGAGCUGAAAUGAAGGGAUGCCUAAAAGGUGGUGACCAUUAGCAUUAAGGACAGCCAGUGCCCCCUUCUUGUACUGCUGGGAGCUCUACACACAUCUUGGGGGCGAUGUGGACCUUUAGUGGACUAAACUCCUUUACUCUGCACUGAGGAGAAAUAACAGUACAAUUUAGCCAUGACCCCAGUUUUAUUGGAAAUUAAACAAGUGAUUUUUGUUUUUUAAACUCAUGAAACGUUAUUAGAUUGGCGUUCCUGCAAUUUAUGAUGAUUAUAUAACGUGUUUAGUUUUUGAUCCAAUAACUGUCCGUUGUGUAUUACGAGUUAUAGAUGGGUAAAAUAUGCCCACAACUAAUUAUUGAUGACUCCCCCUCGAGAAUAGCAGGGGGAACAGUGCCAUUAUUAUAUUUAAAUAACUUGCUCAAGAUUAAACAAAAUAAUAGGUAUUGUCUUUUUUUCAUGGCAUUAUCAGAGCUUGCCAGUUGAAACAGUGUUAAAAUGUCAAUUUUGACAUGGACCAACAUGUUGAAAUGGAAUGUAAUCAGGACUACGGAAUCAUCUCAUUUACAUGGUGACAGACUUGGUUUAAGACUUAGUUGUCAUAGUUGUGUUUCCAAACAAAAAAAGGAGCUGGCUCACACAUUGCCUUUGUGUUUACUAUAAAAUCAUGCAAAAAAAAAAAAAAGGAAAAAAAAGAUAAUAAUAAAAACAACAACAACAAAACAAAAAACACAAGAAAAAAAAAACACUGGAAUUAAACCUUGGUCCAGCUUUAUCACAUCGUAAAUGUAGACAUCAAUAGUUAGUAGAAUUGAGUUCUAACAAAAACAGUAUAUACAAGAUACUCUUUAAAUAUUUUUAAAAUUCCAUCAAAAUACCAGUAGAAUAAAAAGAAAAAUAAUCACCAUUAUUUCACAAUGAUAAGAGGGCUUUAUAGUUCUAGGUACAUUUGUGACUUGUAAAAUCAUGGAAACUUGAGAUGGCGUACUUCUCUGGUUUUGACUGUCAAGCCUGUUAAAAUGUUUCGACGGGCCACUUACAGUGAUAGCAACCUUAAAUGGAACAGCUACAGUAUAUAGUUAUGUUGAUUACUUGAUUAAUAAAACUGCUUCGGCAUAUAAAAGCUAAUCUAGUGGUGUUUGGGGAACCCUGCCAGAGAUAAAUGCGAAAACUACCUACAAUACUGUUUUCCAUGUACAUGAAAAUUCAACUGUAAAGUGAAGGUUUGUUUUGAUUUAAUGUCUGUUGCUACUGUGAAAAUUACAUUGGAAAAGCAACUGUAACACAGGCCUUUGGCAGCCCUUUUCAUUUUCGUAUUAGUCUUUUGAACAAUAAUACUUAUUAGUCUUUGUCUAGUUUUUGUUAACGAAAAGUCAAGACUAAUUUCAUCUAAUUUUAAACAACGUUUACUAAAAAUGUUUUCGUCUGUAAAAUUAAAAUAUUUUACUCCGACAAAGACGACGGCAACUUGGUGAUAAUACAUACUCAGCAGUGAAACAGUACAGUAUUUUCAAUUAAAUCGAGAUUUUAAAAGAACGCUCGCCGUUAGCAUUAGCCUAAUGCCAACACAAAUGGUAAUUGGAGAGUACUAAGCAGUGGGGAGAACAAGUAUUUGAUACACUGCCAAUUUUGCUGG